AUGGCCGACUAUCAAGAGUCGCUGUCACCGGGUGAGACGGGAGAGGCCAAAGUCAUCCAGCGGCGGCGACGGCCCCCGCUUUCCUGCACCGAGUGUCGUCGGCGAAAACUAAAGUGCGAUCGCUCGCUUCCAUGCGGGCAAUGCGUUCGCUCCAAGACUGCGGCUUCGUGCGUCUUUGUUGGGCCACGGCCCGGGGCUAUUUCAGAGCCCUCGCGCCAUAUGUCACCUCCAGUAUCUCGAAUGCGGAUGCCUAGCGUCUCGGACGACCAGUCUGGGAACGGCGGGAUGUUUGUCUUCGAUUCCAAAAUGGGGCCGAAGUCGAGUUCUAACCGCGUUUCCAAACGAGGUCAAUCGGACGAGCUGCAUGAACUCAGGAACAGACUGCGCACGCUGGAACGUGCACUGUCGAAACCGAAUGCUCUCCAAACUCCAGAGACAUCGGUUGGCGACUUAUUUUCCGACAUCGGCACAUCUUUGCACAGUUCAGAUGCAGCCGGCGUGGACGACCGUGUGCGCUUUCUUCCCGAUGGCAGUUUCCGGGGCAAAAGGGGCAAAACUCGAUAUUUCGGGCGUAGCCACUACACCACAACGGUAUCUUUUUUCCAAGAUAUUGGCUCAUUCCUGCGACGUGGCCACAAGGGCGUCAAGGACGUGGAGUUUAACGACAUGAAAAAAUUCAAGUGUGAGCUCUGGUCUCGUGAAAGCCAAAGCCACCAGCGAGCCUUCAAAGAGCAGGCCUUCAAUUUGAACGAAAUGGUACCAGCACGAACCGUCGCGGAUGAGCUGCUUCAACUGUAUCUGGAUAGUUUCGACUCGACCUUUCGGGUCUUGCACAUCCCGACCUUUAUGAAGCAGUACUCCGACUACUGGGAGAACCCUCGGAAUCCAGACAUGGCUUUCGUAGCCCAAUUGUUAGCAGUCUUGGCAGCGGGAAGUUGCUUCCAUAUAUCGAUGGAGCCUGAAGCCCGCGAGAUAUACCAAACCCCAGCGAUGAAGUGGAUCAUGGGCGUUCAGUCCUAUAUCUCCUGCACGUUUGUGAGCCCGGAAAUCGAUCUAAGGAUGAUCCAGACGCAGACUCUGCUGUUGAUGGCUCGUCUCGGAGUUGCAAAUGAUGGGGAUGUAGCUUGGGCUUCGUCAGGAUCACUUAUUCGUUCCGCAAUGACGAUGGGACUGCAUCGCGACCCCACACGCUUCCGCAAGGGCACUCGCCCAUUCUGGUGUGAGAUGCGCCGUCGAGUCUGGGCGACAAUCGUGGAGCUCGAUUUGAAGAUCUCUCUAGACCGAGGAGUGAUCCCGUCAAUUGACCUCGAUGAAAGCGAUUGCGAUCCUCCGUCCAACUGGGACGACACCGAUCUGAUCGAAAGCAUGGAGAGCAACCCGGCUCCUCUCAGCACCGCAACAUAUACUCGGAACUUCUACCAAACUCUUCUUUCAAAGUCAUUACCGCUACGAUAUCACAUCGCAAAGAAGAUCAACGCCUUAAAAUUCGAUCUUUCCUACGACGAGGCCUUGCGGAUAGGGGAGGAAAUGCUCCGGUUUGUGAAGAACGCAGCAUCACUAUUCGAAGACAAUGCAUCUAGCAUCAGCCCUUCCGACGCGACACGCCAUCAAUUCGCUCAGUCUAUCCACAUGUUCAUCAUGCGCAAAUUUCUCCUCGCCUUACACCGACCCUUCUCACUUAGCGUUGUACGACUUCCAAAAUGUUCCUACUCCCGAAAGAUCUGCCUUGAAGGAUCACUCGAGAUUCUAUCGCUGAUGGAACUUCCUUCAACACCGGAUGCGAUUCAGUAUCCACACGUCACACAACUAGGAAGCGGCAUGUUCCGCGAUGAAAUCUUCCAUGCCGCGAUCACGGUCUGCGUGGAACUAUCUCUACAGGCUCAUGAAAUGAGUCAUCCCGGCUCAGCAAUGGACGGAAUGAACUCGAGCGUGCUGAUGAGUAUGGUCCAGUCUCAACAGAGCGUGAUGCUACAGGGAGUCGAGCGCACUCUUCACGACUUUGGUCGACGCAUCAGGGCCACUGGAACGGGAUCCAAGCCUUAUUUUUUUCUGACCAUCGUUUUGGCCUCGGUCAAGUCCCGCAUUAAAGGAGAGGACCCACUGUCCCAGGUUGAGGCUUCGUCUAAAAGGGCCGUUCGAGUCUGCCGAGGCAGAUUAAACGGCCUUUCGUACUCCGAUGCGCUCGCUCAGGCAGAGAAUCAGCCCGCACAGGUAUGCUACCUCCGUCCGAGCCUAUGGAAUCUCUCUGACACGUCCAAGACCCCCGUAGUCCCUGACGGACCGACUCCGAUGUCCGGAUCCUCGCUUGACUUGGACCUUCCUUCGCUUUUGUCAACGGGCUUUGGCGACUUUACGCCUAUGGAUUUGGGAGGCUGGUUUGACGGUCUGGACACCGGCAGCACAGAGCUAUGGGAUAAUAAUUUAUUCGGAAACCUCCCAACCAUCCCAUGA